AUGCCCCAGCUCAACAGCGGCGGAGGCGACGACCUGGGGGCCAACGACGAGAUGAUCGCCUUCAAGGACGAGGGCGAGCAGGACGAGAAGCUGCAGGCCAGCGUCUUCACCGAAGGGGACCUGGCCGACCUCAAGUCGUCCCUGGUGAACGAGUCCGAGAGUACCGGCGGCGGCGGCAGCCAGACUUCCAACGCGGCGGCGGCCACGGCCGGAGCCCAUUCCGAGGCGAUCAGGCGGCUGCAAGAUCCUCAGAGAGUCUAUCAAGAGAAACUCCCAGAUCACAUGGAAGACGGUUUAAAACACCAGGACCCAGGAAUGUACAAAGGAUCUCCUUAUUCUGGAUACCCUUUCGUUAUGGUGUCUGACCCUUACCUGUCGAAUGGCUCUAUGUCACCUUUGUCCAACAAGGUUCCUGUAGUACAGCCGUCCCAUGGUGUCCAUCCACUCACCCCACUCAUCCCAUACAGCAAUGAACAUUUCAGCCAUGGCUCCCAUUCGCCACACUUGCCGGCUGACAUCAACCAGAAACAAGGUGUCCACCGUCCUGCUCAAACAUCAGACAUCCCUGGUUUUUAUUCUCUCUCUCCUGGCGGGGUUGGACCAAUAACACCUUCAAUGGGGUGGCAGAGCCAGCCUGUUUACCCUCUCCCGUCAUGUGGAUUUAGACAGCCCUAUACGUCGGCGCUCUCUGCUGGGGCUACUUUCUCUAGGCUAACACAUCCGUUGGUGCUCGGCCCAGGCAUGCAUGCCACAGGAAUCCCACACGCCAGCAUCACGUCCCCCCAUGGGAAACAAGAAAUGGAUCAUUAUGACCGAAACAUGAAAUCGCAACCAGAACCAAAGAGAGAGAAGGAAGCCAAGAAGCCAACAAUUAAGAAGCCUCUGAAUGCUUUUAUGUUGUAUAUGAAAGAAAUGCGGGCAAAGGUUAUCGCUGAAUGCACCUUGAAAGAAAGCGCAGCAAUCAAUCAGAUAUUAGGGAGACGGUGGCACGCACUGUCACGGGAGGAACAAGCCAAGUACUAUGAAUUGGCCCGCAAGGAAAGGCAGCUUCACAUGCAACUCUAUCCAGGCUGGUCUGCAAGAGAUAACUAUUCUUCAGGCUCUGCAUCCCGCGAUCACACAAAGUAUAACUCAGGGCCCCUGGAAUUCAGCAGCACUUCGGGGCCAGUUUCUGCGGCAAGGGGGAAAAAGAAAAGGCGAACAAGAGAAAAGCAGCAAGACUCCAAUUCAGAUCCUGCCUCUCCUAAGAAAUGCAGAGCUCGCUUUGGCCUCAACCAACAAAUGGACUGGUGCGGCCCAUGCAGGAGGAAAAAGAAGUGCAUUCGGUACCUACAAGGAGAAGGACGCUGUGCCAGCCCAGUUUCUUCCGAUGGAAGUGCUAUAGACUCCCCUUCCUCCCCUCUGGAUGUGCUCCAGUGCAUAUCCUCCGCUUUGACUUCCAACAAGCUUGCUGCCCCUGCUGAUCGCGUACCACAAAACCAAGCCAGUCUUUUCCCUUUGCCCGCACAUCUCAAAACUGCAGCGAGCGCACCCGGAUUCUCUUCCAAAUGCUCAGAGACGCCUUGCCUGUCCGUAGCGCCCUGUGAACCUUCUGCGCACAACAUAGUAUCAAUAGGAACGUAA